AUGGAUGAAGAUGAUCCAGCUAAAAAGUUAUUUAUAGUGGUAGUUAGCGGAGAAAGACGUACAGAUUCCAAUUCAAAGAAAUCGUGUCAAGGGUGUGAACUGCCUUCGGACGAUAUACCGGACUCAACGUCGAACUCUCGAGGGCAUAACAAUAAUACGCCCAGCGCAACCAAUAAGAAUCAAAAUGCUGGAAAUUUGACACCGAACUCAACACUAGAAUCGGGCAUAUCAUCGAAUCUACUUGGCAGCACAACUACGACAACCGCAAAUGUGAUUAGUGCUGAUUCCAGUGUCGCAUCCAGCAUAAGCCUCGACGAUGACAUAGAAGACAGUCCAAUAAAAGUUAAGAAAAAAGAUGAUAGUCAUAUAAUUAAGAAAGAAGCCGUCUCUACUUCCACAAAAGUCUCACCUUUCGGUAACGCCUAUGAAUCACCACCAGUUGCAAUACCAAGCAUCACACCCUCCCAUCACCAGAGUAACAGUUCCACGGGUUCUAAUAAGAAGCGUUAUCAGAAUUCCAAUUCCAAUGCAGCGGCAAUGACUGACAGCAGCGUUGCAUACUUCCCAACUUCUUACUAUCAGAAACAACAGCAUUUGCAACCGCCCGCGCCUCCGCCACAGCAAUUGCAUUCACAACAGGAAUACUACGAUGCUGUGGCCGGUGGUUACUACGAAUACGACCACAUAAAUUUCCAACAACAGCAACAACACUCACAUGAUUUUCCACAUCAACAACAAUCGCAACAACAGCAGCAACAACAUUUUCCUCAUGGUAUGAACGAAUCCUACAUACCACCCAAUGCCAGUGCUUUAGGUUUGCAAAUAGAGAGCUCAGAAGGUUACUUCCCGGGAGCUCAUGGUUAUUAUGAAAACAAUCACCAACCAGGACAUCCUCCACCUCCUACACACGUUGCACAAAGCCAUCACAUACCAGCACAGCAUCAACACCAGCACAUACAUCCACACAAUAUAAGUUUGCCAGGUGGAACGCAGAGUACUUCACAUCCAACACAUGUCAAUGUGACAGGCGGCGGCAAUGGAGUUGCAUUCGCAAAUGCAAAUGGAUCGCCGGUUACUGCACAAGCUUUUCCCAUUAAUCAUGCCAGUGCAAGUGUAGGCACAAAUCUAACGGGUCUCGAGAAUUCUAAUAGUUCUUCUGAUUUCAAUUUUCUGAGCAAUCUCGCAAAUGAUUUUGCGCCCGAGUAUUACCAACUAAGUUAG